AUGAUGGUUACCACCAAGGUUGUCUCCAACAUGCUUCUGUCCUACGCGGCUAUUUUCCUGUGGUGGUGUCUCGUCCCGGUUGGUGGUGCGGUCGCUCUGGGUUCUUCCCUCGAGCAGCCUGUUACGCCGCUGCUGAGGCCGCGAUCACAGCGGCUACAGCCGAGACAGACGUGCAACACUGCGACGAACAGGCAGUGCUGGACCACGAGCCCGGCGUUCAAUAUCAAUACUGACUGGGAGGCUUCGACGCCGGUGACGGGUGUGACAAGGACUUAUACCUUUACGCUGACGGAGGUGAAUAACUGGAUUGGUGGAGAUGGGGGGAUCAAGGCGAAGGCUAUGCUGGUGAAUGGUCAAUUUCCUGGACCAACGAUUACAGGCAGUAGGUUUGAUUUUCUGACGUUAAAGCAGAAGAUUCAAAGGCUAACAAACUACAGAUUGGGGAGACAGAAUCAAUGUUACCGUCGUCAACAACCUCGUCAGCAACGGCUAACUGGUUGGGCUAGCACAUCUAUCCACUUCCACGGCAUCCACCAAAAGAAUACCAACAACAAUGACGGCGUUAGUGGUGUGACCGAGUGCCCGAUUGCUCCUGGGAGAAGUAAGACUUACUCUUUUAUUGCGACGCAAUACGGCACUGCCUGGUAUCAUUCCCAUUUCUCAGCACAGUAUGGCAACGGUGUUCUGGGAGCCAUUCGCAUCAACGGCCCAGCAUCAAGCAAUUACGACGAUGAUCUUGGUCCGCUCGUGAUUAGUGACUGGUAUUACGGCUCGGCGUUUGCGCUGGCACACCGAGUCAACAGCCCUACGAAUCCAUAUGACAACAUUCUGUUCAAUGGCCUGAACAGAAGAGCCAACGGUGCUUCGGGAAGCUAUCGCAGGUUCACCCUCACGGCCGGACGAAAGCACCUCCUCAGACUCAUCAACGGCUCAGUCCAAGCCAGUUUCACCGUGUCCUUGGUAGGACAUUCCUUCACCAUCGUCGCCACCGACAUGGUCCCUAUCACGCCCGUCACGGUAACAAGCCUCUACAUUGGCGUCGGCCAAAGAUACGACGUCAUCAUCAACGCCAACCAGCCCGUAGCCAACUACUGGUUCAACACCACCUUCUCCUCGGCCCCCUGCGGCGGAGCGACCAACCGCCCAGCCAUGAUCUUUCAAUACUCCGGCGCACCCACCGCAAACCCUACCUCCGCGGGAACAGUCCCCCCCGACUCCCGCUGCGCCGAUUCUCUCAACUACACCCCCAUCGUCAGCAAGUCUGUCCCCUCAGCCUCCUUCACAACAGGCAACACCCUCAACACCCGACUCCAAAUCUCCACCACCGGCGGCAUCUCCCGAGUCUACUGGCCAGUAAACAACACCCCCAUGAAAGUAAACUGGAACAACCCAACCCUCGAGUACGUCAAAAACUCCAACACAGGCACCAUGCCCGCAAACACAAACGUCAUCUCCGUCCCUACCGCAAAUCAAUGGACCUUUUGGCUUAUUGUAAACAACUCCUCCAUCCCUCACCCCGUCCACCUCCACGGACACGACAUCCUCAUCCUCGGCGCCAGCCCCGCCCUGGCCGCGCCGAUCAACCCGACUAAUCGGCUGAGGCCGUACAACCCCUCUGUUGAUGGCCCGGCCUUGAAAAUUGCGAACCCGACGAGAAGGGACACGACGAUGCUGCCGGCGUGGGGGUGGUUGGCGCUCGCGUACCGGACGAACAAUCCGGGGGCGUGGCUGAUGCAUUGCCAUAUUGCCUGGCAUGCUAGCCAGGGGUUUAGUGUGCAGUUUUUGGAGCAGCUGACGAGUAUACCGACGGUGAUGAAUCUGAAUGAGUUGACGGGGAAUUGCAAUAAUUGGGAUGCGUUUUACCCGAGUGGGGCGCCGUUUUUGCAGGAUGAUUCGGGGAUUUGA